AUGUCCCCAACGGAAGCCCCAAAGGUCCGCGUGACUCUCUUCUGCAUCCUGGUGGGCAUCGUGCUGGCCAUGACGGCCGUCGUGAGCGACCACUGGGCCGUGCUGAGCCCCCACAUGGAGAACCACAACACCACCUGCGAGGCUGCCCACUUCGGCCUGUGGCGGAUUUGCACCAAGCGCAUCGCCCUGGGCAAGGACAUGAGCUGCGGACCCAUCACCCUGCCUGGGGAGAAGAACUGCUCCUACUUCCGGCAUUUUAACCCAGGCGAGAGCUCGGAGAUCUUCGAAUUCACCACGCAGAAGGAGUACAGCAUCUCGGCGGCCGCCAUCAGCGUCUUCAGCCUGGGCUUCCUCAUCGUGGGCACCAUCUGCGCGCUCAUGGCCUUCAGGAAGAAGCGGCAUUACCUGCUGCGGCCGGCGUCCAUGUUCUACAUCUUUGCUGGCCUCUGCCUCUUCGUGUCGCUGGAGGUGAUGCGGCAGUCGGUGAAACGCAUGAUCGACAGCGAGGACACGGUCUGGAUCGAGUACUAUUACUCCUGGUCCUUUGUCUGCGCCUGCACCGCCUUUGUCCUCCUCUUCCUCGGGGGUAUCUCCCUGCUGCUCUUCUCCCUGCCUCGAAUGCCCCAGAACCCCUGGGAGUCCUGCAUGGACGCCGAACCCGAGCAUUAG